AUGGAGCCCGUUCCUGAGACGGAGCGCAUGGAGGCGUUCAAGUCCUCACCUGUUCCCUCUCUACUUCUCAGCAGCAAUCCAAACGCUAUUCCCCCGUUGGACCUGGAUAUGGUCAGGAAACCGCCUACUAUCCGACGAAGUACGGACCCGAAUCCGACCUCACCAAUUUCGCCAUCAUGGGGCCCUUCACCCUCAGUUGCCCUGCCAUAUAGGCCACGUACUGCGUCUCCUCUGUCUGGAGGCCAUUCACGUUCACGGUCCGCCGCCAGCCUCGCUUCGCCCAUGUCACGAACUCAAUCUAUGCCUGGAGUCAGCGGCUCUGGCCGCAUCCUGUACUCGCCCCAGUUACGACCAGCGAGUCCCUCCAAUUCUGGCUCCCCGAGCCGUGUUCGGACACCAAGAAAGCCUGUCGACGAAGCUUUUCCGGCUAUUUCCCCCGUUCGAACGAGUGUUCUCGAUCAUGAAAAGAAGCAGCCGGACCGAAGCAGUUCACCGGUUUUCGGACCACCCAUUGUGUCGUCGAGUCGACUUAGGAGGUCUUCCUCUCCUUUUCGGAGUGUGCCGCCACCGAGCUCCAGUUCCCUCUCAUUAUUGCCUUCGACUCCAUCAUCUGUUUCCUCAGCGUCUUCAUUAAGAGGAUAUGAUGCCUUGUCAAUGGGCUAUGGCGGCAGCCUGUCCUCCAUACCAUCGACGCCGACGUCGGCUCGAUCACGCAGUCCUAGUAUAUCAAGCUUGGAGACAAUUCCUGACUCCCCAGACGCCGAAGAGGCAGCAUUAGAGGCAGAGAGACUAGCCCAGCUCAAAGCUGCCGCAGAUGCCGCAGAUGGGGCUGAUUCGUCCGACUCUAAAGGCCGACCGUCGAUGGAUGCUCCCCCUCGAGGCAGGACUCUCAGCUUUGGGCCAAGAGACAAGCGCAAGCGAUGGAGUGUUUGCGGAGCCGAGCGACGUGGGGACCUGGACCUGGAGACGAUUUGGGAGGACUAG